ACGAAUCCACUGUCAACAAGAAGUUGCGCGCUCCCAGGUAGUUAACCAGCAGGCUCCAUGACUGCGUCUAAAACAGUGAAGAUGUAGUGAUUAUGUUCAUAGGAGACGUUCAUGUGAACUGACAUUAGCCAGAGCGGAGGAUGGGCUUUAACAGGACUGUUCUGGUGACUGGAGGCUCUGGAUUCAUUGGCUCCCAUCUUGUGUGUUCACUGGUCACCAGACACCCCGACUGGAGAAUUAUUAACCUGGAUGAUCUGGAUUACUGCUGCAGCCCCCGGAGUCUGGAGAGCAUUGAAGACAGAGCAAACUACACCUUCAUCAGGGGGGAUGUGUGUAACUCGAGGUUGGUGAACCACAUUUUCAACACAGAAAACAUCGAUGUGAUCUUCCACCUGGCAGCCAAAACACACGUCGAGUCGUCGUUUAAAUCUCCAUCUAGUUUCCAGCGAGUUAACAUCGACGGAACCAGAGUUUUACUGGGAGCUGCCCAUCAGGCCCGACACCAGCCACAGCGCUUCAUCUACGUCAGCACCGAUGAAGUGUACGGAGCCAGUCUGGACGAGGUGUUUGAUGAGAGCAGUCCAGUGAGGCCCUCCAACCCAUAUUCUGCCACUAAAGCAGCUGCAGAGUACCUGGUCCGAUCCUACUGGGACAAAUAUAAGUUCCCAAUCAUUAUUACCAGGAGCAACAACAUCUACGGGCCCAGACAGUACACUGAGAAGGUGAUUCCAAGGUUUCUCACCCUCCUGCAAAUGAACAAGAAAUGCACCAUCCAGGGAACGCUCCCUAAAUCCCGCCAUUUCUUGUUUGUCGAUGAUGCCAUCAUUGCCUUCCUGCUGGUUCUGGAGAAAGGGAUUGUGGGCGAGAUCUACAAUGUGGGGACAGGCUGUGAGAUUCCCAUCAUGCAACUGGCCAGGGAGCUUAUCAGGAUGGUCAAGAAUGUGCCAGACUCUGAGCUAAAUGAUUGGCUCGAGUUUGUGCCUGACAGGCCACGUGUCGACCUGCGCUACCCCAUCAAGUGCGAGAAGCUGCAGCAGCUUGGCUGGAGAGCGGAAGUGUCCUGGGCUGAAGGCAUCAGACAGACUGUCAAGUGGUACCAAGAACACCCAGACUUCUGGUCAGCCGCAAGCGAUGACCAAGGACAAAUCAGAAGCGAGCUUGGAAAAGCUCCCAACAAAUAAGUGGCCUCAGCUGUGCCCUUCGGCUUGACUGACAGGACGCAGCGUGAACUGAGUCACCGAGCAGUGACUUUUUUUGUUUUUCUACAAACUUGAUAUUUAUGUAGCAACAGGACCAACGGGAAGGCAGAGCCUCCCCUUCAACCAAAGCAAAGUUUCUCCUGCAUAUGAAUGCCCUUUAUCUUGAUAUUAAUGACUGAUUCAGCUGAUAUUGAUAAGCUUUCUUAUUUUGCUCAACUUGGGCUUUCUCAGUUUUUAUGUACACGGUUUAGAUGUUUAAACACACUCUGGAAGUAUGUGGAAACCCGAAAGCUCAGUUAAAACAAUUUGAUGUUUUUUUUGUUUGUUUUUUUUAAAAUCCUUCUUGCACACCAUUCAAAGUCAGCAGGUAGCUUGUCAGUCCAUUGACCAAAUAUUCUAGUGGUGCGGCUCAGAACAGGGAAGACACAUGCAUUACGAAUGUGCCUGAAUUAUAUAACUAGUCAAAUGUUCUGUAGCGGAAAAUUAUUAAGAUUUCUAGAGGCUACUUUGUGUUAGUUUCAGUUUUAGUCUCGAUGUAUAUGCAUGUGUGUAAAAAGACAAUUAGAAACCUGGUUAUGUACACGGCUGAGAAACUGGCUUUCUCCCGGAGAAAUCUCAGCAGGUUUUCUCCUAAUCGUGACAUUUAAGAAAUCCAGUUACCACCGGAAGACAGCUGAAACCUGGUUGCUGAAGUCCGUGUAAAUGCACCGAUGGUCACGUGAGAUUAUGGAGAAGGAAAUCCCUGCUCCAGGCAACAGCUUUUGCCAGAUCCUGCUAUUAUCCAGCAUGGGUAGCAAGUUUUAGCAAAUCUACUUUAGGUGCAAUUUUACAUUUUAAAUUUACGUUAAACCUUUAGUAGCAUUUUGAUUAGUUUAAAGAUUACUUUUAUAACAAAAAACAAGUGUCUUAUAAUAAAAGGAUGAGAAGGGAACUGCACCUAAUUCAAAUUCAAGUCAUCUCAGUCUGAUGCAAUUUACACUGUACACACUCUCAAUGUUUUUUCAUAUGAUGCUGUAGAAUGUAUUUAACUACAAAUAAACUUAAUAUUUAAUAACUUCCGGCAUUGUUCAUGCUUUUCUCAAACAUCUAAAAUCCUACAAACACCACACAUACAUAGAAAGAAGAAACAGAAAAAAAGUUACAUUUGCAAAUCCAAACCUUUAUUUGUGGUAAAAUCAGAAUAGAUGCACAGUUUUUUUUUGUUUUUUUCUUCUUCGUGCAGUGCUCCU